CUGCACCGCAACACGACACGACCACCGAACAAGACAACACACCAUGGCCGAUGUGAUCCACACGGGGCUCAUGGUGCCCAUGGUGCGCACCAACACCAGCACUUCUCCCCCACCAGUGCAGCCACCACCGCAACCACAGAUACAACAACAACAACAACAACAACAACAGCAGCACAACACUAGAGUGAUGACCAAACCACGACACCGGGAUGUGCGCAGUGGCGUGGAGGGACUGCAGAGCCGCAUCCCAGCCCCACGCGUGUUCGUGCGUGAGGGAGGGUCGACGCGAGCUGCUGCAGCUACAUAUCCCACUGCGUCCUCCUCAAUGGCUGCCUCGACGGCUGCGCACAUUCCGCCACGCGUCAUGGCCAACGUGCGCCGAGAAGCUGCGGCCACCACCGACGACCACCCACCCGCAGUCACAGCCACAGCCAGCACCACAGUGCCUCCCUCAUUAGCACAACGACUACAUCAACAGCAACAACAGCAGCACCGGCCAUCGCGAGUGCUGCCAGGCUCCAGCUCCGUGCGAUCCCGUGCCGGGCGACGAGCCAGCAAAGCACGGAAGGUGGCGGUGAUACAACACUCGCCAAAGCCGAGUGACCCACGCCAGCGGUCGCGUCGCAGGACGGCCAGCCCACUCAACAUGGAGGAGGAUACACGCAAGGCUGCCAAGCGGGAACAGACGCGCAAGCAAACCCACGUGCCUGCACCCCAGGUCGCGCUACGCACGAGAAACUGCAAUGAGGACCAGCUGCUGCACAUGUCAAGCACGUUCAACCACCGUGACUACAUCGUUCGGCGCCCGACGGCAACCAACGCGGACAGCACAGCCACGGAGCGCAAGGCCUUGGCGGCGGCUAAUUACCAACCGCACGUGCGCCCAGCCUCGAAGUACACACGCGACCAAAUCCAACACAUCAUGCGCGAACAGCGAAAACAGCGAGCUGCCGAGCGAGCUGAGGCGCAACGUAAAGAGGAAGAAAAGCAACGCACCGUCCAGGAGCGUCUUGCACAGCUCGACGCCGCACGACAGAAACUCGUGCAUGCUGGUCCGUCGGCGCAGGCAGGCAAACACCGCAGAACACAGCCAUCGAAGAAGCUUGGUGAAGAGCGACCGUGGCGGCAACAGAGACCACGUGCUCAGCGCAGCAGCAGCCGUGAGCACUUGAGGAUGAAGAAACAGCAGCAGCGAAUGCAGCGCCAGCAGCAACAGGACGAGGAGGAGGGAGAGAAGCACCAGCAACAGAACGAGCAACAGGACGAGCGACGUGGUGUGGCGUCAACAGCUAUGGCGAGGAGGGAUGGUCCAUCAGCACCUGGUGUGCGGGCACACCGACGCAUUCAGGGGCAGCGCAGACACGAGGACCGACAACAACAGCGGCUGUUGGCGCGCGUGGAUGAAAUGAUGGAGGAAGCGUCUGAUGGUGAUGAGGUGCCGAUGAGCGAACACCAACCCCGUGCCGGUGACCUGCAGCCUGGACCAGCAACUGCUGCUUCGAACGAUGCUGACGACGGUGACGGCCAUGCACAACCACAACGGAGGGAAGACAGCGAGCAGCCCCGUGGGGCUGUGCUUGAGUCGAUGCUGUCGCUGCUCCAGCGCGUGGAGGACGUGGAGAAUCACAACAUGUGGGCCGCAUCCAUCGCCACCGCCGAACAGCUGCUGUCAUGUCUCGCACAGGACAGGAGGCAGCAGCGACACGUGCGCGCUAAUGAAGAUGAUGACGAUCAUGAUGGUGGUGGUGGUGAUGAUGACGAUGGUGGUAAUGCCACUCCAUCAGCACCACGUGUUGAAGUGGUUCAGGCGAGCAACAGCAACGGUACGCCUAGCGACAGCGACCACGGCUUCAGUGAUGCUGAUGAUGAUGACGACAAUAACGGGACAGCUGGCCCUGGCCUCGGGUUUGCUUCCGCUCAACCGCUGCCUGGCGUCGAAAGCGUGCGCGCUCUUGUCGCACGUCAACGCAUGGAGCAACUUGCGUCCCGCCAUGUUGCCCGGCGGCAACAGCAGCAGCAGCAGCAGAGCCACGCCUGGCGCGUCGAUGCUCCACAACAGCAGAGCAGAGAUCCGCAGUACCCGUGGCGGUAUGACUCACCAGACACAUCGUCUUCAUCGUCGUCGUCGUCAGCAUUGCAUGCAAUCGGUCGUGGUGGUGUUGACCGGUUGCUGGCGAGCGCAUCAGGGGUGCACGGCGCCAUCGCGGAACACAGCACUGGCACUGACCGUGAUAACAACAACGACGAUGACAACUACGAUGGUGGCGAUGGUGACGGCCUACGCGGUUUGGAUGAACCAAUCCUGGACAUUUUCUUCCGCAAACACCAACACCAACAGCGGCAGCAGGAGGUUGAGGGACAGCGAAGCACGAGAAAGACAACCGUCGUGACGCCACCAACACCGCCGUCAUCAGCAUCGCGUGCCGUGCUGGAUGUGACUGCCCCUUACAACGUCCCAGCAGAGGACCAGGCAGCGGCAGCAGUUGCACCGCAAACCACGAGGAGCGAUCGUCCACAGAAGGACGACACGGGCGUGCGUAGAGACGAGCAACAGCAGCAGCAACAACAACAACAUCUUCAGGAAGAGGAGCUAGCAGUCGUGGCGGCAACAGCUUCGGAAGGCACUGUUGAUACCGAAAUGAGUGCUGCUGCUGAUGAGGAUGGUGGCGAAGGUGGUGACCUGCGCCACGCCACACAGGCUGAAGAGGCAAAGGCCGGAACAGAGGCAAAGCAGGAGACAGCAAGACUUGCACAGGCAUACGCUGCGCUGCAGCACGAGCUGGAGGCGGAGCGCGCAGAACAGCAGCGGCAGGAGCAGCAUUACGCAACACAACAGCAGCGGGCGCGCGAUGACGCAAGACUGCAGCAGCGCGCAGCCGUUGUGGAGCAGCAGGCCGUGCACAACGAAGCCAUGGCGCAGCUGAUUGCGCAGCACAAGGACGACCUUGCUCGCUUGGCGGCGGAGACGGGCCAGUCGGUUGCAUCUGUCGUGUCGCAGGUGGUGGAGCGAGCGAGCGACGCCGCGACACAGGCAGCAGCCGGCCAGCGUGAAGCAACAGACGCCAUUCGCACCAUGGCCACGAGCUUCCAGGCACACGUGCAAGUCUCGCACCAGGCGGAACUGCAGCGAAUGCAGCAGCAGUUGGAGGCGCUGGGACGACAGCACGAGCAGCUGCGACGUGAUGCCGACACGGGUCGAUGGCAAUCGGAACGUCGGAGGUCUUCGCGACAGCAGCGGGGACGUGGACGGCGGAGCGAGAGCGAAUACAGCAGCUACGAUGAUGACUUUGAUGAUGACCAUGAUGAUGAGUACACGCGUGACUUUGAUGAUGAAGAGGGGAGUCCAAGCGUGACCCGCACACGCGAAUCCGUGUCGCGCUCCCGCUCUCCUGUAUCGCAUCGACGCGCUGGUGCUGAUCGUGAUCGUGAUCGUGAUCGUGAUGAUGACGACGACGUGGACACCGGUGGUGACGAUGAUGGCGUGAUUCCCACGAGCAUGUCGCGUGGCAGCGUGUCUGAGAACGUGGUGGAGAGCAUUGUUGAUGAUGGCGGUGACGGCGCUGCUGGGUCUGACGUGGUGUCGGAUGCAAUUGGCGUUGACAGCGACAUGCCGUCGGCAGCGGAAGUGGCCAGUGGCCAAUUUCCAUCGCACUCGCACACAUCCGCAAGCGGCGCCGUUGCAGAGGACAUUGCGAGCGCAUCGCACGUGAGCAGUGAAAUUGCAACUGAGCCGUCAGCACGCCAGCGAGCAUCCUCCCACCCAAGCACAGCGUCUGCUGUGAGUGACGAAGAAGAUGAGGAAGGGGGCAGAUAUGGCGACGAUUACUCCGAUGACUUUGAAGCGGAAACCAGCGAGGUACAGACAUCCGAGCAACAACAACAACAACAACAACAACAACAACGAGAGCCGGCUGUGUCGGUGCUUGAUGGUCUUGAUGCGCACAUUGGGGCGCGCGAUUCCCUGGUGGAGAGCAUGCGGCGGCGGCUGCAGCUGAUACGGGAGCAGGACCGACUGUUGGAGCAGCAGUACGAGCAGCUCAUGUCUGCACGCGGUUUUCGUCGUGACUACCAAGAUGCACCGCAGCAGCAGCAGCAGCCAUUGCCGCCUCUGCCACGGGCGGGUGGCGGUGAUGCGAUGAUGUACGCGCGUGUGCGAACGCUCGUCACCACGGAAACACAGACGUCCCCAUCGCCCAUCGAUGAACGCCGGCAGCAGCGACCACACAGGCACCAAUCAGCAGCGAGAAGCGGCACUAUGUCAAGCGUGGAGGAAGAGGAGGGUGUGCACGACCCUGCAUUGUCACCACUAUCACGCUCGCCAGCACCAUCAUCAUCUGCUGCUGCUGCAGGAUUAUCCUCCGCCAGCCGUCAUCGCCAGAGCGAUCAUCGCUAUCGUCGUCACCGCUCCGCCAGUCCGUCCGCUCCCACGACGGCAGAGGACAUACGCACGUCGCACUCACCACCAUCAGACGGCGUUGUGACAGAGGAGGUCGUAACGGAGGACACAAUGAGUGGUCGCCGUCGUGGCAGUGAUGAUUCUGAUGAUGGUGGCGUGCCGACAGAUGUGAGCGCUACAGAUGCAGCGGCGGCUGUUGUGACAUCAGAUCGUGACGUGAUGACUGAGUCGUUUGCUGAUGAGGAGGAUGACGCCAUUGCGACGAGCUAUGCGGAAACAGACCAGGUCCAGACGGAGGAAGAUGAGGCCGAUGGUUACAGUGACGACUUUGAUGCCGUCACUUCAACCACGACGACGACGACAACAACAACACAGCGUGCACAGGUCACAACACGCGUUGUGUCCACAAGGAAGGAGGCGCCACUCCACCCUGGCCGCCGUGUCCACGACCGAACAGCAGCAGCAGCAUCAACACCAACAGCAGUCGCACGUCAUGUUCGUGGUGGUGGUGAUGUGGAAGAUGACGAAGCAACGCACCAACGCGCGCGUGCACGUGCAACGCAGCAGCUUUUGGAUGCGGGUGGUGAUGAGCCCUCCUCGGAAUCGUCUGUGUUUGAGCGCGCCAUGCGUGUGCUUGAGGACCCAGAGCUGCACCCCGCUUUCAGGGAGGCGAGGAUGAGGGAGGAGAGACUGAAGCGGCAGCGACGAACCGUGUCUGAACUGAUGGAGAAGCAAGCAGCCAUCAUGGCCCGGCUGAAGGACCUCAAGCGGGAGGAGGAGCGACUGGCCGCGUCAGCUCGCCACGCACUGCAGGGCUCACGGCGCGUUGCUGUCGGUGCCACGGGUGCUGGGGGCGCUGGCGCUGCGCACUAUCACCGUCGUCGCAGCGGUGAGCACCUGGAGCAUGCCGUGCAACGGUCCAUGGCACGAUUGGUGGCAGACACGUACGAGCACGAGCGAGGCCACGUGGUGGGCACCAGGGCCGUGGAGACAGCAGAAGAUGGGCAGCCAGCGCGACACACGCGGCAGCGGCGGUUUGAGGACGAAGUGUCCGACAGCGGCGGAGGAGUGGGGGAGGAGCUCAGCGGUGUUGCGACUGAACCAAGCGUGGGCGAACACGUGUCGCGUGAAGGAGAGGUGGAGGAAGAGGAGGACAUUGGUGGCUACACGGAUGACUUUGAAGAGGACGAGGAAGUGGAAGAGUCGGUGCCACUGGCCACUGACGCGGAGAGGACUGGAACGACAGCAGAGGCAGUUUCAUCAGAAGGAGGAAUCGACACUGAUGUCCAGGUUGAGUCUGAUGUUGCAUCCGAGAUUGCAGAAGACGUUGCGGACACAGAGCAACGGCAGCAGGAGGGGGAGUCUUACACGAGCGACGUGUACGAUGAAGUCGAAGGCGCCGUCGAGAGCGAAGUGUCCGACCACGUUGAGACGGCCGGUGGCGCAUCUGCUGCUGAAGAUGAAGUGGCGAGUGAUGUUGAUGCAUCUCGCACGUCGCUCAUCGUGAGCGCUGCCAGUCCACGACGACAGCAGCAACGAGAAACAGAACGAGAGGCACUCCCGAGCGAUGAGGCUGAAUUCAGUGUCGAUCGUCGCGCCGCGGAGUUCAAACACAGGAAUCGCCCGCUGCCGUCAACUUCCGCUGCCGCUGGCGUGCAGUCGCUGGUGGGGGAGGACGAGGGCGAGGCGUCCAUCAGCAACGGCCUGACAGAGAGCGAUUCGCAGGAGCGAGAGCUACGCAACACGCUGGCUGAGCUGGAGCACGCGUACGCCGACCAGCGCCGCAAGCUGGUGCUGGAGAAGCGUGAGCGGAGAAAGAUGGACCUGACUCGGCGCAUCGCGCGAUUGCAGUCGAAGCUCGGUCGCGUGGAGAAGGAGGCAGGCACGCUGCACGACAAGCGAGCCGUGGACGAGGAGGACGAGGCGUCAUCCAUCGCAUACACGGGGGACUUUGAAGAUGAGGAUGAAGAGGGGCGAUACGAGGAGACGGACGAGGCCACGCAACUGACGCCCCCGCGCCGCCCGCGUGACCGUGUGUCUACAUCAACAGCACCAGCACCAGCACCAGCAGCAAGCUCCGUCAGCCCAGCAAGGACAAGCGAACACGCUGUCACUUCGGAUGUGGUGUCGAUACGCGAAGAAGCGGGGGUGUCCGAGUCCAUCGCGUAUUCAGACGACUUUGAAGACGAAGAGGAAGAGGAGGAAGCCAUCAGGGCCUCCGGUGCAACGAGCGGGCGCGAUGGUGGCGCCGUGGCAGCAGCCGUGCCUUCACGACGUGCUGCUGACGAGGUGGAAAGUGCUGCUGCUUCUGACGUGGUGCCAACCGAGGAGGAGGAAGAAGAUGUUGCAUCUGACAUUGAGGUUGAGGAGGAGAGCAUGGGUGUCGUGGAAAGCGAAACCAGUAUUGCUGCUGCAAGCGAAGAGACACUGGCGCUGAAGCGCGAGGAAAAGAAAGAGGCGCUACCACCAGCAGCACCAGCGGCGGUGAAAGAAGAACAACAAGUGGGGGAAGAGGCAGUGGAAGAGGAGGAGGAGGAGGAGGAGGAACCAUCCGAGGCCAUGUACUCGGAAGACUUUGAGGAAGAAGAAGAACCGGAAGAAGAGGAGGAUGAACGUGUGCCAGUGGCGGCGGCAGCGAUAGCGGCCAAAGAGGAGGAGGAGGAAGAGGAAGAGAAGUCGCACGUUGGUGACGAGCGCAUGCCGCCCGCUGUUGGCGUUGCUGCUGCGCGCGUGUCUGAGAAGGAGGCGGCAUCUGAGAGCGAAAUUGUGACAGAGGAAGAGAUUGAGGAGGAAGUGAAGACGGAGGAAGCAUCAGACGUCGAACGAAGUGCUGACAAGGAGGAGGAGGCCGUGCAAGCGCCUACGGCGGAGGAAGAGGAGUACAGUGACGACUUUGACGAAGAGGAAGAAGAAGUGGAGGAGGAAGAGCAACCAGUGGGUAUUGAGGAGGAGAAGGAAGAAGAAAAACAACUUCAGACGCCGUUGCGGGAGAAGGAAAAGGCAGGGGAUUCCAUGGCACAGGCCGGUGACGUUGUGCAGUCCAUGCUAGACCAAGCGGUGGAUGAUGCUGUCGACUCCAUGCUCAACUUGCUCCGAGACACCACGACAACUACAGCACGGACAACAACAACGACGCCAGCGCCACUACAUUUGCAACCGCACGCACGAACUCCGCAUUCGCCACGCUCGCCCCACUCCCCGUCAUCGUCAUCGUCAUCGCUCUCCUCCCCACCGCGCUCGCCCGUGAACCUGAACGUGAACGUGAGCAUGCCCACAUCUCCACAGUCGCCGCCGCACGACGAACCGCUCCCGCCAUCGCCACCGGAGCCCGUGCACACGCGCUCGCCGGUUGUUGAGCUGCCACGCCUCAUGUCCAUUGCGCACAGGGCCGUAGGAAAGGGGCGGGACGACGAACCCAUGCCCGAGCUCGCGUGUGAUGCCGAGGAGCUGCUGUCGUCGCUGCCGCGUCGCGAGCACGGACUGGCGGUGCUGGUGUUUGACCUCAUGCAUGACCUCGUCUUCCGACGCCGCCAGGGGCAGGUGACGGUUGGUUAUCUGCCGAAACUGUUCAGCCGGCGCCCGCCCCUAACGCGCGGGCAACUGCUGCACGCGACGGAACAGAUGUUGACCAAAGCACUCGCCCUGCACACGGAGCCAGACACCCACGUCUUCAGGCAGCACCUCGGCCAGAUGGCCUCGCACGUGCCCAACAACCGGCGCCAGACCCGUGAGCACGCUUGA